GAAGGGGGAAGCGCCGAGGCUGCCUGACUGGAAUGAGGGUAGCUGCGGCGACUGCGGCGGCGGGAGUGGGGCCGGCCAUGGCGGUGUGGACGCGGGCCACCAAAGCGGGGCUGGUGGAGCUGCUCCUGAGGGAGCGCUGGGUCCGGGUGGUGGCCGAGCUCAGCGGGGAGAGCCUGAGUCUGACGGGCGACGCCGCCGCGGCCGAGCCGGAGCCCACCCUGGGGCCGGCGGCGGGCGCCUUCAACGGCCUCCCGAACGGCGGCGGCGCCGGCGACUCGCUGCCCGGGAGCCCGAGCCGCGGCCUGGGGCCCCCGAGUCCGCCGGCGCCGCCGCGGGGCUCCGCGAGCGAGGCGGGCGCGUCGCCGCCCGUGCGCCGGGUCCGGGUGGUGAAACAGGAGGCGGGCGGCCUGGGCAUCAGCAUCAAGGGCGGCCGCGAGAACCGGAUGCCGAUCCUCAUCUCCAAGAUCUUCCCGGGGCUGGCCGCCGACCAGAGCCGGGCGCUGCGGCUGGGCGACGCCAUCCUGUCGGUGAACGGCACCGACCUGCGCCAGGCCACCCACGACCAGGCCGUGCAGGCGCUGAAGCGCGCGGGCAAGGAGGUGCUGCUGGAGGUCAAGUUCAUCCGAGAAGUAACACCAUAUAUCAAGAAGCCAUCAUUAGUAUCAGAUCUGCCAUGGGAAGGUGCAGCUCCCCAGUCACCAAGCUUUAGUGGGAGUGAGGACUCUGGUUCUCCAAAACACCAGAACAGCACCAAGGACAGGAAGGUCAUCCCUCUCAAAAUGUGCUUUGCUGCUAGAAACCUAAGCAUGCCGGAUCUGGAAAACAGAUUGAUAGAGCUACAUUCUCCUGAUAGCAGGAACACGUUGAUUCUACGCUGCAAGGACACAGCCACAGCACACUCCUGGUUCGUAGCUAUCCACACCAACAUAAUGGCUCUCCUCCCACAGGUGUUGGCUGAACUCAAUGCCAUGCUUGGUGCAACCAGUACAGCUGGAGGCAGCAAAGAGGUCAAGCAUAUUGCCUGGCUGGCAGAACAGGCAAAACUAGAUGGUGGAAGACAGCAAUGGAGACCUGUCCUCAUGGCUGUGACUGAGAAGGACUUGCUGCUCUAUGAUUGUAUGCCGUGGACAAGAGAUGCCUGGGCAUCACCGUGUCAUAGCUACCCUCUUGUUGCUACAAGGUUGGUUCAUUCUGGCUCCGGAUGUCGAUCGCCCUCACUUGGAUCUGACCUUACCUUUGCUACUAGGACAGGCUCCCGGCAGGGCAUUGAGAUGCAUCUCUUCAGGGUGGAGACACACCGAGAUCUGUCGACCUGGACCAGGAUACUUGUUCAGGGCUGCCAUGCUGCUGCUGAGCUGAUCAAGGAAGUCUCUCUAGGCUGCAUGUUAAACGGCCAAGAGGUAAGACUCACUAUCCACUAUGAAAAUGGGUUCACUAUCUCCAGGGAGAACGGAGGCUCCAGCAGCAUGCUGUACCGCUACCCCUUCGAAAGGCUGAAAAUGUCAGCUGAUGACGGCAUCCGAAAUCUGUAUCUGGAUUUUGGUGGUCCCGAGGGAGAACUGACCAUGGACUUGCACUCUUGUCCGAAGCCGAUCGUAUUUGUGUUGCACACGUUCUUGUCAGCCAAAGUCACUCGUAUGGGACUGCUUGUCUGAGCAGCAAAAAAAAAAAAAAAAAAUCAGAAAAGAGCCUUGACUGUCACAAGAAGUAUUUCCAACUCCAAAAACAAAAACAAACAAAAAAAGCACAAAAAGCUCUUUGCUCUCUCCUCCAGCACAGUGCCUUCCCAAGGACCUGCAAAUCACUGCUAAACCAGCCCUGUGUUUAAGGUUGAUCCUACCUUGGCCAGAAAUGCUAGCACUCCAGUACGCUCCAAAAUGAAGCUGUUGAUUCAUUGUCUUGUUUCAUUAUGUGGUUUAUAAGUAAUUAGGUUUAUUUCCCCUGCUAAAAAGGAUGGUUCUUGUGUUUCCCUUUUUAGACAUAACCUAAUAGCCAAGAGUUGUUUUCUUUUUCUUCUUCCUGUAGGAUUUGUUUUGGGCUUAGUCUUGCUCUCUUGUUUAGGACAACUGUCCCUUCCCAGGUGCUAGUUUGCAGCAGCAAGUCGCUCCCUGGUCAUUCCAGGUAGGCCACAUGUCCUGGUGGAGUUUGCUGUCCUCACUAGCUCCUUCCACCUUAGGAAGUCCUUCAGUUGCGUCACCAAAGGGUUCUUCUAUCUGUCCUGGCAGUCACUACAUCCCACCCUGGCCAUCCCCACCUUAUCACAAGCUUUGCCACUCUUAAGCGCUGUCUUAGGACUUAGAACUUGCAAACUUUGGUUGCCUUGCCUUCCACUCCCCUUCUGGUGGGGACCACCUUGAAAAGCCAGUUGGAAACCACUGCUUUGAAAUAAAAGUUUCGCUUGGUUUAGGUUUUUCUGAUUUUUAUCUUUGGUAGGAGCCAGGGAAUAAGAUUUAUUUUAAAAGAAAAUCCUCAUGUUAGGCUAAGCCAUUUUUUAUUGCUUACCAAAUGUGCCUUUGGUUAGGGUUAGUGGAGCUUUAUUCGUCAGCAUCUGAGUAACUGGGUAUCACUGCCGUUCCAGGGAGAUCACCUAUCCUGGUUUUGAGAAAUAGUCUUUGAGGUGGGUUUCCUCAACGGCAUCUUUUCUAGUGGGCAGAUCUCUUUCAGGAAGAUUUUGUUAAGCAUUGCCAGCCAGAUGUCAUCCUGAGGACACAGUAGCAGUAAGAUUGUCGAUUUUGUGGUAUUGGAGACUCACACUCAGUUUGUUUUUCCUAAUUUUGGAAGAGGUAGAUAUCUGACAACAAAAUAGUAUACUAUCUAUGUAAAAUGUCAAGAUUAGUACAGUUCCUGGAUCUGAAAGCAAAGGCAAUAUUGAUUUGGAUGCUUAUGCUCUCUGAAGAAAAGUCUAGGAGAAGCUCUCAUGUACUAGAUCUGUCCAGACUGCCACAGCAGGACGUGAGCACUGGAGGGUGGGGGGUGGCACUCCACAAGGGGCGGGGAGAGAACAGGACACACCAUGUAUGCAAAACAGAAGCCUGUGGCGUCAGUGCAGACUGGCCGGUGGGGUGGGGGACAUGAAAGGACAGACUGGUGAGCAGGGAGAGUGCUGGGUAGACAUUGUGACCUCGUUGUCUUCCCCCGCGAGUCAGUCCUCCUUCCACGUGUGCGGUGAGACCAGCACUAGGCAGAGGCUGGGAGAGAUGCCUAUUCUUGCCCCACCAUCAUCUAACUGAAGUUCCAAAAAUGAAUUAUCUGAUCCACUUAAAACUGGAAUUAACAUCUAGACAACAAGGUCUUUCAAGAGCUUUUUAUGUUUUGAAAAUUCAUAAACCUAAAGAUGGGUUCCAUCUGAGAUAAAUUUUCAAUUCAGGGCAGGAAAGAAAUGUCUUGAAGGUCCAGCUAUGAUUUCUAGAAGCAGAAUUUUAACACAUAGUACCCUCAGACAAGACAUUCGGACCCUCUGCAGUGAAAGCAUUAAUAAUGUGAGAUGUUGAACCACGUGUUCACGGACUUCAGCGACAAAGCCAUUUGGUGGAGGUUUUCUGUGUUAACGUGAAAGGCUGAGUCACUGAGAUUUGCAGGGGAACUUCUGAGCCACCUGCUUAUUAGUUACGUGACGAUCUGUAAAGUUGGUGUGACUACAACGUGAACAGGAGAGGCAGGGCCUGUGUGCACUUCAGCUCGCUUUGCUCAGGCUUGAACUGUCACGGAUAGCACUGAGGUCCGUAGGGUUUAUUAAUAGCAUCUUUUGAGUCGUGAUGUGAAAUGCAAGUAUAUGGGAGAUUUCCUUUGUCCACUAGCUGCCCAAGAGCAAGAGCCCGUAAGCCACUUGUUUUACAUUAACAGCUUUCCAAUCAUGGGUGACAAUUAAGUGUGUUUGUGGGCUUUCCAAACAAUGGGACACCUUGAUAAGUACAUAUUAAAUAUUGUGUAUUUAGAUGCCAAAAUAUGGCAAAUCAUUUUUAACUAAAAAUGGGCAUUUUUAAUAUUUCACCUUUUAUACAACUAGCUAACUUUUCAUUUUGCGUUAGGAAAAUUGUGAGUGUUGUGAGCUUCUGUGUGUAGAAUGGAAAGCAAGCUGCACAUUAGUGUCCCCAGUUCAGAUGGGCCACUUCCUUUGCCCCCCGACACCUGGGGCCUAGACAUCUUCUCCACAUUCCACACAGACACCUGUGAGCAGCCAACUGGUGUGUGACAAGUCCCCCUCCUCUCGCCCUGACACUUCUCUCCUUAUAAAAAGAAAUAGAAAGGAACAAAAGAAAAAGACUAGGUUUUUCUUUUUCUGAAAAAGGCAAGUCCUUUCUUGAAGUCAUCAAAUGAACCUAUCCCGGAAAUUAGUAUCUAAUAUUUUAUAUGAAGAAAUACUUACAUGUAUGUUUAUGCAGUAUUUAUUAGACAGCUAUAACUGUAAACUCACCUACCUAGUAGAUAAGAGUUUCAGGUUCAAUAAUUGGAACAUGUACAGGCAAUCAAAAUGUUACAUUUCCUUCACCUAUUUUAAAGCCAUGUUUUCGCACCUUUUAGGCUAGAAGAAAGUCUAAGUAGUGCCUGUUUUUAUCAUCUGUACUCUCACAAACUUUGUUACUGAAAAUCAUUGCAUGGCAGGAGAGAUUAUUUAUUAUAUUUUUAUAAGUAGAAAAAUAUGAACAACAAAUGGCUAACAUUGUUACUGUUUUCUUAAUUUAUCCUCCUAAGCAGAAUGGUAAAGAUUUUUCCAGCUGAAAAAUGCACUUAGCUGAUAACCCAGAAUUUAUUCUUGGGGGAAAAAAAUUAAGCUGUGUGGAAUCUGGACAAGAUUCUGUUUCUUUCAGAAACAGGUUUUGCUGUAAAUGGUUCUAAUAGAAGAGUGAGAAAAGGUUAUGACAGAUUUUUUUUUUUAGUUUUGUGAGAAACUCCAGGUCUUCUUGCUUAACUUAUAUGCAUGUGGAUAUAUUUGUUUCCAAAGCCAUGGAAGAAUCUCUGUUCAUAUUUUUAAUGCAAAUUACCUUGUAUGCUGCUAUGCAAAUUCUAUUAAAAGCCCUACCUGCUUAGAGUUAGACAUUUUUGAAACUUUCAGGGAAGACCUGUAGACUCGAGCACUUUCUGCUUUUUUGUAUCUUAUCUUGGACACUUAUGCUGAAUUAUGUUCUUGUUUUCACUGGUUAUAAGCUAUUGACUGUACAUAAUAUUUAAACCCUCCAAAUAUCCAGCAUACAUUUCCAUGUGGCUGCCAUCGGCUGCUGAUGCCAUGAAUGAAAUGGCUGCUUAGAAAGCCAAAGGUCUUUUUUUUAAUCCCUAAUAAAGUAAAAUACGUGCCAGG